AUGGCAGAAGAGACAAGCGGGGUGGGCCUAGCCCGCUUCUGGGCUUUUUGUCCUGCCCUUGACUUAAUCAGUUUGCUGCAGCAGCAGCAGCAGCAGCAGCAGCAGCAAGAGCAGCAGCAAGAGCAACAGCAGAGCCUUGUUCAGCAGCAGCAGCAACAAGAGCAGCAGCAAGAGCAGCAGCAAGAGCAGCAGCAAGAGCAGCAGCAGGGCCUCGUUCAGCAGCAGCAGGAGGAACAGCGGCAAGAGCAGCAGCAGCAGCAGCAGCAGCAGCAGGAGCAGCAGCAGCAGCAGCUACAACCGGAGUCGGAGAGACUGCAGCAAGAGGAUGGAGGCCAGGGGCAGGCUCAGCAGCAGCUGCAGCAGCAGCUGCAGCAGCAGCAGCAGCAGGAUGGCGCAGCAGCAGCAAAAGCUUCCAAAGGUGAAGCAAAAGAGGGAUUUAUUUCUUACUAA